AAAAAAGCUUUGACAUAUAAAAUAUACUUGAUAUGAAUAACCUCCAAAGAUUGCCCGAUAACAGAUAAAACGUGUAGCUUUAAAAUUAAAUAAGGGGGGUCUGUUUUCAGCGUAGUCAGCUGUUUUCAACGCAUGGUGUCUCCACCAGGUCCUGUAGGCGCCCAUAAAACUCCUGUGCUGCAACAGUGCGGUAUGCAUUUCAGCUGCAGUCAUGUCUGGAAGAGGUAAAGGCGGUAAAGGACUCGGAAAAGGAGGCGCUAAGCGUCAUCGUAAGGUUCUGCGUGAUAACAUUCAGGGUAUCACCAAACCCGCCAUCCGUCGUCUCGCUCGCCGUGGUGGUGUCAAGCGUAUCUCCGGUCUUAUCUACGAGGAGACCCGCGGUGUGUUGAAGGUGUUUCUGGAGAAUGUUAUCCGUGACGCCGUCACCUACACCGAGCACGCCAAGAGAAAGACUGUCACCGCUAUGGAUGUCGUGUACGCGCUGAAGAGGCAGGGACGCACACUGUACGGUUUCGGAGGUUAAACGAUUAAAGGAAAAACAAAACCCAACGGCUCUUUUAAGAGCCACCCAAA